CAAUGGAAUACCUAUUCAUUGUUUUAGAAUUAUGUUUUUUAACAAUGGAACACCUAUUCAUUGUUUUAGAAUUAUGUUUUUUCAGCGUUAAUUCUAAAACCAAUGCUUUGUUGACAUGAAAGGAACUAUUUUGAUGCUAUUUUCCCCAAUUGAAUGGCAGGGCUCAAAAUUAGCGAGAAAUACUCGUGAAUUGCGAGUAGAUUUGAAAAAUAGCGAGUAAAAAUAGUGGACACUCGAAAAUCUUAGCGAGUGGGGAUUUACAAACCAUGAUCGUAUAGGAUCUGUUUUAAGCCGCGAUGCGCCAUUUGCUUUUCUUAGACUUACACUCAAAAGCAUACAAACGCUUACAUGAUCGACCGAUUUCAACAACCGUUUCUAUCCGGAUUUUUCUUUUAUGAUUGUUUAAGAAACUCGGCGUCAAACAAAUGUUUUAGACAUCGCAUUAUAAUGAAAAAUAUAGACCUGUUCACUUAUAGGGGUGAUUAAAUUGACUUGGUAAAACAUAGACUCCGAUUUCUUGUUAGAUAAAUGCAUAACAAAAAGCUCAUACUUAGAAUUCAAGUCUUCCGGUAGUUAAUUUAAUAAGAAUUUUCAAUCUACAUUAAUUCAUUUUCAUAUUGAGGUUGGGUUGUAGUCAUGGCAGGAGUGCACUGCUCACCGUGUAGGCGAUUACCAAAAAAAAAUCAUGGGACUCGUGAUUGUGCUGCUUAUAAACCAUGAGUCUGGGAUUCGCUUUGAAAAAUUACUCGUGACAACCCUGAUGUGGCAUGAAAUUGGAAGACAUUGGAUCUAUACCUGUGGUAAACAGGUUGUGAAUAUUAGAGGAAACCCGCUAUCAGUUGUUGGUGUUGCGGCCGGGACAGAGGGCGUCAUGGAUUGGCUAUGCUAUGGCUUAUCAUCUUUUAGAGGACUAUGACAUGGCUCUCAAUGUCCUGGAAGAGUUCCGAAAGACUCAAAUUCCGAAGAAUUUAGACUAUGAGCACAAUGAAUUGUUGAUGUAUCAGAACUUAAUCAUGAGAGAGGCAGGAAUGAUUGAUGAAUCCUUGAAUCAUCUCCAGAGAUACGACAAGCAAAUUGUUGACAGGUUAGGAGUGGAGGAAACUAAAGCCGAGUUGCUGAUACAGAAGGAGAAGUAUGCUGCAGCGGCCGACAUGUACAGGAGCCUCAUGAACAGAAAUCCGGAGAAUUGGUCCUACUACGCUGGUUUGGAGAAAGCUAUAAAACCGAGUUCUAAGGAGGAGCGCCUAAAACUCUAUACAGACGCUGAACAAUUGUAUCCCAGAGCCGCCGCUCCGAGACGACUGCCAUUGAAUUUCACAGAAGGCAACACAUUCAGAGGUUUGGCAGACACGUAUCUAAGAAGGGCUUUCCACAAAGGUGUACCACCCCUUUUUAUCACCAUGAAAAGAUUGUAUAAAGAUUCUAAGAAGAUUGAGAUUGUAGAAGACUUAGUGUUGGGAUAUGUGAACUGUUUGAAAGAGUUUGGGAAAUUUGAAAAUGCAGAGAGUGCAGAAUCUGAACCCCCCACCACAAUACUGUGGGUGUAUUAUUACCUAGCCUCACAUUAUGACUACAAACAGGAAACAUUAAAAGCUUUAGAGUAUGCCAAUCUGGCUCUGGAGCACACGCCACUGUUGAUAGAGCUGUAUGUACUCAAAGCCAAGAUCUACAAGCAUGCAGGUGAUGUUGAAGAGGCUGUCCGACUCAUGGAUGAAGCCCAGUCCCUAGAUACAGCUGAUCGUUACAUCAAUUCCAAGUGUGCCAAGUACAUGCUGAAAGGCAACUUAGUUCAGGAGGCUGCUGAUAUGUGUUCAAAAUUUACACGGGAAGGUGUUCCUGCUGUGGAUAAUUUAAAUGAGAUGCAAUGUAUGUGGUUUCAAACUGAGGCAGCAGAGGCGUACAAGAGGAUGGGAAAGUGGGGAGAUGCUCUCAAGAAGUGCCAUGAAAUAGACAGGCACUUCACUGAGAUAAUAGAAGACCAGUUUGAUUUCCACACAUACUGUAUGAGGAAGAUGACAUUACGAGCGUACAUUGGUCUUCUGCGUCUAGAGGACAAACUCCGAAACCAUCAGUUCUAUUUCAAAGCAGCCAUGACAGCAAUAGAGAUUUAUUUACACCUUCACGAUCACCCACUAUCUGACAGUGACCAGGACAAAAACCAAGACACAGAGAAUUUGUCACCAAGUGAGCUCAAGAAACUUAGAAACAAACAGAGAAAAGCUGCCAAAAAAGCACAACAGGCACAGGAGAAACAGAAAGCUGAACAUGACAAGAAAGAGCAAGCAGUAAAGAAGCAGACAGAUGGUGAAAUGGAUGGUCCAAAGGAGGAAGAACUCUUACCGGACAAACUAUCCAGGCCUGAAGAUCCUUUGGAACAAGCGAUACGAUUCUUAAAACCUUUACAAACAUUCACCAGUGAUAGAAUAGAUACACACGUGUCUGCAUAUGAAAUCUAUAGUAGGAAAGGUAAAGAGUUGCUGAUGUUACAGGCGCUUAAGAGGGGCUGUCGGAUCCACCGAGAUCACCCACAGCUUCACGUCUGCAUGAUACGCUUCCUUCUAACAAUAAGAAAAAAGGGAGAUGUGCCAGAAACUGUUCAAAAGGUUUUAAAACAAGAAAUGGAUAAGCUUUAUAAUGGCAAAGAUGCUAAGACUCUAAACAACGAGUUCUUGGAGCGCAAUAACAACUCAGUUCUGCAUAGAUUAGCAGGUGCUCGUAUGAUGUAUGAAUUGGAUCCCACACCAGAAGUUCAGAAAAAGAGUUUUGAAAUCGCCACAAGUCUUUCAGAUUCUUACACAGGGAUCACCAGAUUGAACUGUAUUGAGGUGUUGGAGGCCAUUUGUCGUGGAGAUUUCGGAUCCUGUGAAUCCGCAGCUAAGGACUACCAGUCCAAGUGUCACAGACUCUUUCCCUUGUGUCCCUCCUUCAUCAUCCCGGCAAAUAAUCAUCCAGAUCAGAUCCUUCCCAAUGGUUCAUAGCAGACUGUGUCAGUAGCUGUCUCACUGAACAAGCGGGCUGUCGUGUGAUAAAGGACAGGGUUCGAAUCUGUCCGUGACAGCACUGUUUAUAGAAAGAUGUCCUCCAUAAAACCUGGCAUGGACAGGAUUAGGGAGGGGUAUUUCCUCAUCUAUACAGCUGUGUGUGUUAACACUGUAAAACUUCUUUUUUUUUUUCUUUUUUUUUUUAAAUUCUGUUAAGUUUCAGGAAACAUGUAUACAAAACAAAUGAUAAGUAUUUUUCGUGCAUUUAUACAACUCUGAAAAAGAUUAGUAAUGUAAUUUUGUAUUUUUAUGCCCCAGAAUUGCAUCUCUAUACAAGUCAGUUUGAUUGAAAGAAAGCUCACGCCAUUAAAUCAAUACUUGAUCCAAUCCUUAGGAAUAUUGGUGAAUAUCAGUUCUGGCGUCAGUUGUGACAUUUGUUAGUGAAAAACAUGAAUCAUCUACGAUGUAUUUACUGUAAAUGUCAUUUGAUAUAACUGCUCUAGAAUACCACAUUUUUGUUAUGCAAGAGUACUUGAGCUUGUGUAAGUGUAGUUGUCAAUUCUGAUGUUUGCAUAACAAUCUAUGAUUGUUAUAGUGCUGUAACAUUUUUCAUGAAAAGGUAUGCCAAGAAUUUUCACGAACUCACAGAAAUCCAAAACUACAUUUGUGUACAUCAUUAUACAAGUAUCACAAAUAAUUGUAGAUGAUACACAGUGUUACCCAGCAUGCUCCAGCCAUUUUGAAAGCUAUUCUUGUAUCUUGAAAGCUUUUUCUUCACAUUCCAUUCUAAAUGAAAUGUGGCAUAAUCUCACAUACUAAAAGAGCAACAGUUGAACAAAUAACCAGUGCUUAGAAACUUUGUAUCACAGACAUUGUGUCUGUUUCUGUGCAAGAAAAUUUAAUUUUGUGUGGAUUACCUUCAGUAUUUAGAUUUAGCUCACUUAAAAAGUUAGCUUUUCUGAUCAUAUUUUCUGUAUUGCUUUCUCACAAAGUUUUUUUUUUAUUUCAUCUCCAGAACAGAAGGACCAUUUUUACCCAACUUAACACUAAGCCUUAGGUCAAGGAGAUAGGGAAGAUGAUUAAGAAAUGAUGAAAAUUAGGUGUAAUGAGGUGAUAUAAGUGUGUAUUUAUGAAAACCAUCUGUAAAUCCAUUUCUCCAGUAUGUAUUGUAGAAUUCAAGUUAGUUGAAUGUGGGUCUAAAGUAAUCUGUAAAAUCAGUAAUAUGAAAGUUAGGUUGAGCAAGAUUAUUGAUAUUUUUCAAAAGAUGCAAUGUGGCAAUAUGUUUGUUUAAUAUGCAAUCGUCCUCAUGUUUAGUAGAUCUGAAUGUGUUUGGAAUUUUCACCCUCUCAUUUGCUGGGGAUCUAAAGGUAAAGGAGGUGGGGGAUAUGAAUAGAAUAUGAAAAAGGUUUCACUACUCAUCCAGGGGUUACUGACAGUCAGCUAUAUUAACUUUAUGUCCUUUCCUUCUAUCUCGAGAGCAGGCAACUAGGUGAGCACUGUGAGUCGUGACCCUCUUCUUUGUUGGUGUGUCUUAUACUGCUUUAGAGUAUUGUAGCAUGAUAACAGAAAGACUAUUACAGGGAUCUGUAAAGUGCAACUAGUCAUAUUACAUCAGAAGCUGUUAUAUCAUCUACAAAUGCAUUUUAGUGGGGGAAAAAUUCAUCAUAUGAUCUGAAUAAAGUGGUCCCUUUGUUUGAAUUUCGAUGCAAGUAGCUGAAAUUAAAAAUUUUCACCCACCGAAUUUCUGAAACGGUUAUCAUUGUCAAGCUGCAUUUCUUAUGGUUUCAUCACCUUUUUUUUUUUUUUUUUUUUUGUAAUCUUGUUUUUUCAUUGGAUAUUUUUGAUAUUAUAAAUUACUACAUGGUAUUUAUUAUAUGUACUAGUAUGGAUUAUUAUGAAUUGCAUGUGUUUAAAUUUUGUUCUCUGCAUUCUCAAAUUAAAUUAUUUCUUCAAAAAUCCAGAAAAAGUACAUACAUCCCUGUCAAACCAGUCCUGCUGAAAUACUGUGUAAUUCCUGGACAAUGCUUUAAUGUGUGCGAAUAUGCAAGUGACUGAUGACCUUGAUAUAUAGGAAGCAUGUGACUGAUGACCUUGAUCUAUAGGAAGCAUGUGUAAGUGUGUUCCCCGUUUUGGAAUUUUAAUGGUGUUGACUAGUGUGACAAAGCAUGUGAACUGAUUAUUUUAUGUGCAUCAUGGAAGGGAGCAUGAUUUGAUGAAUGGGUGGGCAAGGGAAUGUGACGUCAUUAAAAAAAAUUUCCACAUGAAAUAAACAUAAAUCUCAA